UUCCUGUGUCCGACACUCCGCCUCCGACUCCUUUUCUCCGGCGCUACAGUAUCAUGACCAUUCUGCUUGAAUCCCUCGUGUACAUUGUUUGUCCCUUGGAUUUUUUUCCCCCCUCGAAUAGUAAUUGAAUUAUUUUCUAGUCCUUCUUUCGUUAAUAUAAUGAAGAUAAAAUGUACAUCGUGUGACUGCUUAUUUUAAAUAGAAGACCUUUGAUCGGUUGGCCCAAGCUUGAUAAAGAUGUGAGGUACAGUACACAAAUAAAGAGACGAGAUGGAGUAACAGCGUUUAAUUGGGGUUAGCGGCUUGCAAAAUGGACAAGGCCGGUACUAGAAUCAUCCAUCCGUCCAUUUCCUGAGCCGCUUAUACUCACAACCGUCGUGGGAGUGCUGAAAAUUAUCCCAGACAACUUAGGGAAGGAGGCGGCUGCACCCUGAACUGGUCGCAAGCCAAUUGCAGGGCACAUAGAAACAAACAAGCAGUCACACUUAUAAUCACACUUAAAGGGCCACUGUCAUGAAAUGGAUGAUUUUUAGUAUGUUAUUAAUGAAAAUAACGGCAGCCAAUAUGGGCCAUGUUUUUUCACCACAAAACAUGAUUUUGACAUACACCUUUUUGUAUUUCUCGCCAUGAAAAUCCUCUCGAGGGAUUUGUUUUCGAGAAGAAGCAGGAAGUGAUGUAAAGGACAGACGUGCCCCCAAGUGCACUAGUUUGUUUCCAUUAGUUUUAACUCUGGUAUGGUAGCUCGUUGUUCCUUCGUGUUUGCCAAAAUGCCGGCUCGUUGCAUUGCUGGACAUUGCUUGAACACUCGGGAGGAUGGAUUUAACUUUCAUAAGUUUGCAAGAGACUCGGUUCGUCGUGAAAAAUGGAUUGCAUGGGUGCAGAGGACGAGAGCUUCAUGGGUUCCAAAUGACAGGAAAGUUGUUGCUGGAAACCCUCCUGCCGUGGUUGUGACUGGUAGAGAUUCCUCUAUUCACAUCAGGACACCGACAAACGAGGUGACCUUAAUUUUGCCACCAGGAGUCUCCUAUGUGGAGGAAUCCAACAUACCGACAAAUGGAGGAGAAUCCUGUGAACAAGAGCACCAUUUCAGGCUGCAAAUUAGUGUUUCACAUAGCAAGAAUGAAGGAUCCUCAGACAUUGUAAGAACACUGCGGGCUCAGGAGACAUAUUGCUUCUACUGUCAGAGCUGUAAGACCAGGCUGCUCGAGGAUAGGUUGUUCAAGCGAGUGCUUCCUCUCCCGAAUGGGAAGUGGAACGCAAUUGUGGACGAUUGGUGCUGCCAUCCAGAUCCUUUCGCCAACAAGAGGAUGCUGCCCCGAACUGAGGAUUGUUUACUGGGUGACACCUUCUUUCUCCUCACUAGGGAUGGGAAUUGUGAAAUGACUCUUCGCCAGGAAGUGAGCCCCACUGACUCACAGAAUAGUCAAGACCCAAAGAAACCUUGCCACAGAACGGUCCUUGUGUCCUGCAUGAGCUGUUCCUCAGUUCUGGGAGAGGUCUUGACACAGGAGACCCUGAAGCUGUAUAUCACACAGGUAGUGGUGGAGUCCAGUGUGGGGGACAGAAACCCAGAAUCUUCAUUCAGCAGAUCCUUCUUCUUGGAGAGGACUGUAGCAGCAAGGCUUGCAGAGCUUUCCAUCUCUAUGAGUUCAUUCCACUUUUCUGUCCAAACACCAAGUGGAAAAACUUUCAUACUGCUGUGGCUUCUGAACACCGAUUCCAUCAUAGCAUCAGUCCCAGAAUGGUCUACUAGCAACCCCACUCAUCACCGUCCAUCACUGAGGGCUACAAGAGCCCUUAAACUCCUCUUCAUAGCAUGUUCUAAUAUGGGGCUCCAGCAGCAAGCCAUCGCCACCAGCUGGGAAGUCAAUGCCACAGGACACUCUCUGGUGUUACCAGUGACAGUGUGUGAGGAGCUACUGCGAGUGAUAGAAGACAGCAAUAUUACACUUCCCACAUCAAUGCGUCACAUGAGAGCGUAUAAGGUGGCUUACCUACGACUGUGAAUCCUCAGAAAAGUUGCCGGGAGUUUGUGGCCCUGUAUUCCUUUGUGGUCAACUCUAAGCCAUUGAAAAGCUGAUUGUUUCUCCUUUGUUUUUCUUUGCUAUUAUUCAUAAACAUAAAGAAGAAAAAAUUACUUAUGGUAUAAUGUGGUUUUACAGUUAUUUCCAUCAUGUUUUACCAGUGUUGUUUAUUCAUCGUGUUCAGAAUUUUGUAGUUUUCUUACACAUUUUCACCCAAAUAAAUUAAAAUGUUUUUUUCUUCAA